UAGCUUGGAAAAUGCAUAUUUUCAUAAUGACAUGAAAACGUGAAGCACACCGCCAUUCAUGCAAAUUGUACUGGCAGUAGGCUGCUUCCAGGGUGCGGUCUUGCAGUUGCCGUCUUCACGCAGGAUAGAUCGACUUGCACCGCCUCAGCAAAUGCGGGAUCGUGAUGAUAAUCCCGGAUACGCGAAUAUACUUGUCCAGAGUCCAGGGGGUGACGAUAUCCAGGUCUACUUACAAGUGAACGAGACUGGCCACUGUAGUUCACAAGUACCCAAGCGAGACCACGCGCUCGGCGAUAUGGGGCCAUCCAUUUCUCGAAGCAUUCACCCUGGUUUCUGAUCUUCAGGCUUUCUAGAGAAAGUUUCCACUCUCCACUCUUGCCUGAACGUGCCGAUGCUCCUUUGCUGCGUAAUCGCGAUACGCUGCAGCUUGCUGAUCUGCCCCUUUAACGUGUCGAUCUCCUCCUCCAGCGUACCAAUCCUUCCAUUCAGCGUAUCGAGCUUAU